AUGUGCGUCACAUUGCUACUGCUGCUGCUGUCGGCGCUGGGAGACCGACUGUUGGCUGAGCUCGACCUGCAGGAUCCAGCGUGGAUACAUUUUAAGUCCAAAUACGGCAAAACGUACUCUAGCCUGGAGGAGGAAGCCAGACGCCUGGCCAUCUUCAGACGGAACAGCCGGCUGAUCGCGGAGCACAAUGCCGGCGACAGCUCAUUCCGCAUGGGCGUCAACCACCUGGCCGAUCUGUCCAGCACCGAGUACCGGGCGCUGCUGAAUAAGCGUGUGCUGCCCGCCCCACGAGCGGACGAGCCUGGCGACGCCUCUGCCGGCCGUCGCGGCCCGACGGGCAUCUCCAAAGACUGGCGGGCCGAAGGCGCCGUCACGUUCGUGAGGGACACCGGCAGCUGCGACGCCAGCUGGGCCUUCGCCGCCACCGGGGCCGUGGAGAGCGCCUGGUAUCUCGCCGGCCACACGCUGGUGUCGCUGUCAGAGCAGCAGCUGCUCGACUGCUCCCACCAGUACGGCAACAACGGCUGCGACGGCGGCCUGGCGAAGCAAGCUUUCGAGUACGUCACGAGCGCAGGCGGACUGGAAGCCGAGACUGACUACCCGUACCGCAACCAGACCGAUUACCGCUGCCGACUAAACGACACCGCCACCUCCGCCAACAUCAGCAACUGGAUGCUGACGACGCGCGGCAGCGAGGCUGAGCUGGAGUACGUUGUCUUCCACAUCGGACCCGUGGCGUGCGCUAUGGAUGCCAGCCACAAGUCGUUUCAGUUGUACUCGCACGGCGUGUACAGCGAUUUAAAAUGCAGCACCACGCGGCUGACGCUCAGCCUCCUCAUCGUGGGCUACGGCGUCGAGAACGGCGUGCCCUUCUGGCUGAUGAAGAACGCCUGGGGCUACGGGUGGGGCGAGCAGGGCUACAUCAAGUUACAGAAGGGACAUGGGAAUAUGUGUGGUAUCGCGUCGGAUUGCAGUUAUCCGGUGGUGUAACCUGGCGUUCCGCGGCUCUGACAUCUGUUCAUGGCGUCUCGACGGUCGCUUGUGGGACCUGUGCGACGGAGCGGUACUACGAGUUUUCGCCGCGCAUCUCCAGCGGCCGGCAUUUUGAACUGUGCGACGGAGUUAU